UAUGGCGGUAAAAAGAGAACUCCUAGCAGUUUUAUCCUUUACAAAAGUAAACACAAGUUUGGUGCCGUUGAAGCUCGUGAAGCAUACAAACUGGAAUCUCCUGAAUUCCAAAUUGAUUAUGAACAGUGUGCUGAGUUGAUUAGACUAAGCACCACUAACAUUACGUUGGCCCUCGAACUUUGUUUUAAUAAGUUCUCACCUCAUUCCACUCCAUACUUUAUUAUUACAAAUGAACCAGUGACCUAUUUCGAAUAUACUACCGUUGGUGAACAGCCUAUUCAAGAUCCUGUUGUGCCUCUUUUAAGUCUUAAUGAUCAACCUUCUAUGCCUGAACCUUGUCAUGUCGAAUUUACACAACCUCUUCAAACACCUUCCCCGGAAUCUUUUACUCAGA